AUGUCUUCCUCUGAUCAAAGCGCGUCUACGUCCGGCUCUCAGAACAACGAGUCGAUUCAGUUCACUGCGGAUCAGCUCGCGUGCCUUCAUGCUCACAUGCCAGAGCUCGGAGAAGACGAAAUUUUCUAUGCUCCCGAGGUUACCGAUAAGUUCACCGACCUCCAGACCCUCAUCCAAAUCCACCUCGGACGUCACACUCGAAACCAAUUGGGUCCGCGGGCUAGUCGGACCGAGUUCACCGAGGCUAAGGCUGACACUGAUUCCAACACUUCUUGCCAGAAGUCUUCUGAUGGCGUCAAUAACCUUCAGGCAGGCGCUCAUCAGGAAUCGUUGGCUCCAGUCGACAAGGGAAAGCAGCCACGACUUUCUCCCUCUUUGGUUAUCGAGGAUGGCUCACCUUGCCGUCAUCUCUCCCCCUCUCCUCUCGUUGGACAACGAUCUCCGCGCCCAUCGACCGUCUCGGUCAGUGGCGCAGGUCGACAAUUGCAAUCUAUGAUGAUCGACGAGGAUAAGCCGGUUAAAGCUCUCCCCGUCAGGGUUUCGUCCGCCACUUUGCGUUACGCUUCGGUCCUCCCCGUUGCCGCUCCUAUCUCUGCCGACAUCGACGAAGACUACGACGGCCCAGAGGAGUGUAGUUUGAAGUUCACGACUAUCAAAAACGUAGCGGAUGCAUUGAAAGCUUUGAAAAGGGCCGGCAACAUCAAGGCAUUUUAUGGCGGCAUGGAUCAGGACGCUUCUUUAUGGUUGCAUAAGUUUGAGGUCACCCUGGCGCUUAACUUUAUAGAUCAGUCUAUUUUCGUGCCGAUGGUCUAUCAAUACCUUAAAGGUUCGGCCCUCACUGCACUGACGGAUGUAGCAAAACGUGGGAAGCAACCUCUCACCAUGAAUGGUGUUCUCAACUUUCUCAAGGCCCACUUCCCCUCGACGGUCGACAUCACAAGCAUCGAUAAUCAGCAUCAAGCCUUGAAGCAACGUUCCGGCCAGUCAGUUCUGGAUUUCUGGACUGAAUACCAGGAUUUCAUGAUCGCAGCGGCUCACGUCGACUAUCGUUACAACCCUACCGAGGAUUUCGUCAAACGAUUACAUCAUAAGAGUGCGGCUCAGGAACACGUCAAGGAUGAAGUUUUACGUUAUAAGAGAGUCGGGGUUGUACUUAAGGUUCACGAGGUUGCCCAGAUCGCCAUCAGCAAGGAUAACGACAUGGUCACCGAUCGAGGUUUCAGCAAUGGAAAUCAAUCCUCGAACUCAAGAUUCCGUUCAAACGACAAUCGUUCGAACAAUUCGAACCGUCAAAACAACUUCAGACGCCGCGAUCAGGUUCAGAACGUCUCAGAUUCAUCUAACAACCGCGGCAAGAAGCGCAAGUCAGACGAAAAUCAUCAACCUCGGCAAAGGUCUAGGAAGUUGGUGUCUGACGUUAAUGGCAACACCGUUGACGGUCUUAAGUGCUACAACUGCAAUCAGUUUGGUCAUCGUUUCGGUACUAUCGAAGCGAAGCUAUGCCCGAAUCCCACGUCGGAUCAAACUAAGGAGUAUUUUGAUGGUAAACGGCAAGCCGGCUCGUCAUCAAAAGAUCAGGCGAAGAAGUAG